GUUGUCGAAAAAAGGACAUUUCUUCUUUGCUUCCAAGAUUUAGAAUAUCUUGUAAGUCAAGACGAUCUAGAAUCAUUCUAGAUCUACAUCUAGAUUUAGGAUCUAGAUCAGAAAUCUAGACUUAUUCAGUGACUUUUCAUUUUCAGUGAACUUCGGUAUUUAUUAGAAAUUUAAAAAAAUGAAAGUCACUGAACAUAUGUAAUGCUGAAAGAAUGAUUUUUGAAAUCAUCUGCAUAUAGAUGUGAAAAAAUGGGAAAGCCUGAGAAUAAUGGAAAGCAGAAAGAGACAUCUAUGGUGCUUGAUUUGUCUGAAUUUGUUGCUGAGGUGGAUAGAUUUUCCAGGCUUAUUGAACCAUUUGCACUAAUCUUUUACUUUAUUGAUGAUAUUAGACGUUGGCGUUUUCGGCAAAGCACAAUAUUAAUAUGGAUAGUUUGUAAUGUAGCAUGUUUUUGGCUCACGCAAGGUGCUGUUUUUGUGCUGGCAUCUACCUUUGUCAUUGGAGUUGCAACUUUAUCGUUGUUUCAAGUUCACACACAAAUACUGAAUAAAAUAUUACCAAGUAAUCAAAAGGUAUCAAAACUACAAGAUGGUGAAGAAGAGGUGGCUGGUGCUUUGGACACUGUUCAAAACUUCAGAUAUAGUUUAAUUGAAAUGCAUGACUUUGUGGUCAAAAGUAAUGAAUAUCUUAGUUACUUUUACUCCAUUCUAAAAUGGGAUUCAGUGGGACCAUCAGCAAUUUAUCACAUUGAAGCAUGCAUUUUCUUGCUGAGCUUGGUUAUUUGUCCGGCAAGAUGGAACUGUUUCUUAUUUAUUAACUGGUUUUUUCUUUGUCAUCCUCAUAAAAUUAAAAAAUGCUUCACCUGCUUAACAGAGUAUUUGUCUUCUAAGAAACAAGUAGUAGAUCAGUCAGAAAAAGUAUCAGCCGAGGGCAGUGAGAAAGAACAGAUCUCAGGAGAAAAAUGUGAAAAAGAUCAUUGUGAGGAGGAUCAAAGUGGUGAAGACAGCUCUGAUCAAGAACUAACAGAAGAAGCCAGUGAUAAUUCUUUAGUAAAUUUAGAUCCAGCACCUGCAAAACCAGGAAUGGUGGCAAGAUUAAUGGAGAUUAAAAAACGCAGGAAACAGAUUGCCAAUGAAAGCUGUUUAGGUUGUAAAGUGUCUUUUGCAUCUAUUUUGAAAAAACGAUCAUAUUGUCGGCACUGUGGCUACAGUUUUUGUAACCGAUGUUGUUAUCAAAAGGUUCCCCGUUCUGUUUUUGGAGCAACUUCUCCCGCAGCCAUGAAAGAAACAGUUUUAGUUUGCUGCUCCUGUCAUGCUCUGUUGGUGAGUCAAAGUGAGGCCACAGCAGAAUCAACUGAAAAACAUGGGCCUGGCUAGGAAAUAUCUUCACUGUGUAAUUGUUUUUAUUUUCUAAUGAAAUGCUACUUAAGCCAUUGUUAUACUUAUAAACUGGAAAGCUUUUUAAAUAAGUUCUUUUGAUACUAUGCAUUUUGCUUAAUUAAAAUGUAUCAUUGCUGUAAACUUAAUUUUUCUCCUACCACAGUCCAUAAUUAGUUUAUAAUAUUCUUACAGUGAAAAACCACUAGAAGUAGAUUUGUCUAACUUACUUGAAUUACAUACUUAUAUUCUAGUGGUUGUCACAAAAAUGAGAUGACUAAGUUACACCAGAAAAUAUAAGUCAUGUAACCAUUCAAUUGUGUUGUUAAUGUUAUAGCAGUCUAAAAAGCAGCACUUUGAUCAAAUGGACCAAUCUUUUGGGUGUAAAGAAACAGUCACUUAAAAAUAUUUACACAUCUCACAUUUAACUCUUCAUAGUGAAGAAUAAAUUUUGUGCUCUAUAGUGAUGAGCUAUUUUGAAGGAUUUUCCCCAUAGUUUUAAUUUGACCUUUGUUAAAAAGAAUAAGGUGCUACUGCAGUGGAACUAAGUUAACAUACCUACUCAGUCAUAUUUAUAUAUGAAUUUAAAUUAUACAUUCUGGGAAGAAGAAAUCAAAUUACCUUAAGACUCUUAUGGGAUCAUCUAUUUAAAAUGUCCAUACAAAAAACUGGAAUUUUGCACUCUCUCACUCAGUAAUUCAUUAGAAAUUACUAUAAUGUUACUUUGUAUUUUUGCAGUCUUGAUAAUAAUAGAAUGGUAUCUGAAAUUCUCUUUAACAAAACUCUAUCUGAAUAUUUGCAUUACAUCAUUCUUUACUGAUGUACUAAGCUGAUUAAUUUAUGUGUAAAAUACAAGAGGAAGUUAACUGUCAAGAUUUUCACUUGAUGCUUAUCACAUGGUAUGAUCAUCAUUCUUCUUUUUUCUGAGACAAUUUUUUAAUAACAUGUCUAAAUUCUUUUUAAAACACCAACUUCAUGCUAAACUCAGUGUAAUUUGAGUUUGAAAUACUAAGUAAUUUCAAUGUUAAAUUACGUUCAUCCAUAGAACUGUGACCUUUCUUUACACUCCCCUGCCUUCAAAUCCUAGUGUGGAAAUUAUAGAGUUGAUCUAAAUGUAUGAACAUAGAGGUUCCACUGGGUUUCAAUAUUUAAAUUAUUAUUUAGUCAUUAUAUAAAUAAAUUAUUUUUACAAUGUUAUGUAAUUAUUAAUUUAGAUUUUGGUCUUAUUUAACAAUUUGACAAGGUAGUUAUUAUCAACAUAAGUAAAUUCCCUACAAAACUAGGUUCCUUUUACAGACCCUAGCCUCAAUCUAGUCCAGUUCUGUGAUCUUUAUAUACACAGAUUGUUAAGAAACAUUUCAUGAUGGGUCAUCUCUAAAAGACUUCUCAAAUGUUCAGAAGAGAAAGCUUGCCAUAUAUUACUAUUUUUUUGUUAAUUAUCAAGACACAAUAUGUUGAAAAUGUAUCCAAAAUAUAUUUCAACUUAAUAAUUUAUCUAUUUAUAUAGCAUGUUAAAUUGUACUGUAAUUUUAAAAAUAUACAACCAUCUACUUAAACACUUUAAGAGCUUGUAUGAAAUAAUUUUUUUAGUUUUCUUAUAAAAAAACAAUAAAGAAAAAAACUACUUAUAUUUGUUUUGUGGACUUAAAAAACCAGGGCAUAAUUGUUGUUCUUUAAACAAAAUAACUGGCACAUUUUUUACAAUUAUUUCAAUCAUCUGUGAUGAAAAAAUGGUAUUCUCCACACUGAGUUAAUACAUAAUUCAGACUACUAGUUCUUACUUUAUGUGACCAAAUCAAGCAAAGUUUUCAAAGAAUAAAUCUGUAAAUGAUUCUUAUCUUAAACCAAUGAAAUCCACUCAUAAAUUAUAAACCAAAAUUAAAAUGAAUAAAAGACUAUUUUUUUAUAAUGAUAAAAUAAAACUUGAUGUGUGUCAAAUGUUUGUUUUAUUGAUAGUUUUUAUUCCAAAACUUGAUUUUAAAUUUGAUUUUGUCAGACAUUGUUAUUUAAAUUUUGUUUUUACAUCAAGCUUUUCUAACCAUGUAUGUUUUACAAUUUAUUUAACACAUUUUUCAACUAUUUCAUGACACUUUUUAAUAUGAUAACUUAAUGAAGCAACAAACUCAUUUAGCUACAGCAAAUGAUUAACUCAAAAUAAAAAUAAAAAAUGAAGUCAGAUACCCUAUGUUCUCUCGUUUGACUGAUGUUUAAAUUGCAGUACUAAAUAUAUUUAAUUACUUUGACUGUCAAGUGACACUGAUGUACAUAUUAUUUCAACAGAGUUUUAUAACUAUUAUUUUGACUGGUGUUUAUUUCUUUAAGUUAUUAUAAUUGUGAUUUUGGUUUCAUGUGUGUAGAGAUUUUGGCACCUAUUGUAAAUUUUGAGGAUUUCCUGACAUGGAUAGACUAAAAUUGCCAAUCCUGAAAGGGUUAUGUUUUCCCUAUUUUUUUUACUUUACCCAUGUGACCAGAUUUUUAAGAGAAUUUUUAACAAUCAACACUACUGUUAAAUUUUUUGUUUUGUUUUUAUUUUAUUGCUCAUUUUAAAACUAUUUCCAGUCAUCUAGAAAAGGUUGUCGAUUUGUCUAAUACAAUAUUUUACUCUUUUAUUUAUAUUACGCUGCUUUUUUUCCUGAAUAUUUUUAAUUUGUUUAAUACUUUAAUUUGACAAUUAGCAACUCAUUUAAGCUCAAACAUUUUAUUUUAUUAUCCAACUGAAGAGAUCAAAUUUUGAUUAUUUAGAAAAUAAUUAUUGUAAAUUAAUUGU